GGAAGGCCCCGCCGCCAUGGCGCCGCCCGCUGUCAAGAAGAAGCAAAAUUAUGCUAGCAUACAUGAGGCAGUGAAAACCGGUGACGUAGAGCAGCUUGCACAAAUGGUAAAAAGUGGAACCAACAUUAAUGAAGUGGAUUUAGUCCAUAAAUUUACACCUUUGCACUGUGCGGCACACUCUGGAAGUCUGGAGUGUCUUCACUGGCUGCUCUGGCAUGGAGCUAAUAUAACAGAUACAACUAUCAGAGGCUGGACAGCAGCUCACCUUGCCGCUAUCAGAGGCCAAGAUGCUUGCAUGCAAGCUUUAGUUAUAAAUGGAGCAAAUCUAGAAGCUCAAGAUGACAAAGGACGUACUCCAUCACACCUAGCUGCAGCUCAUGGUCAGUCGUACACAUUACAGACGAUUCUCCGCAAUGGAGUGGAUGCUAAUGUUUCAGAUAAGAAUGAUUGGAAGCCAAUUCAUUAUGCUGCUUUUCAUGGCCGCUUGGGUUGUUUGCAGCUUCUUGUCAGAUGGGGAGCUAGUAUAGAUGACGUGGAUGACAAUGGAAAUCUUCCAGCUCAUUUGGCAGCAAUGGAGGGCCACCUGCAUUGCUUUAAGUUCUUGGUUAGCAAAAUGGCCAGCGUGACACACACAUUGAAGGCCAGGAAUGACCAUGGGGAGACCCCAAAGGAUUUGGCCCAGAGGUUCUACAAGGAUAAUAUUGUAGAGUACGUUGACAGCGUGGAGCAAGAGCGAGACCAUCCGUUCUGUCAGGAAGAUUUAGCUUUCCCAGCUCACACUGCUGCCUUCAAAGGAGACCUGGUGACACUUAAAAGAUUAGUGGAAAGUGGAAUAAUCAAUAUUAAUGAGCGAGAUGAUAAGGGAUCCACUGUUAUGCACAAAGCUGCUGGGCAAGGACACAUAAACUGCUUACAAUGGAUGAUUGAAAUGGGAGCUGACUGUCACAUUACAAAUGAAGCUGGAGAGACACCAAAGGAUGUAGCCAGGAGGUUCGCUCAGCUGGCAGCUGUGGAACUUUUAACCCAGGUAACAGGAGACAACUCGGAUGAAGAAUUAGAUAUCAAUGAUGUAAGGUUUUUUGAUAGACAUGGUGUGGAAGGGAGCACAGAUAGCAAAGAAGAUUUAACCCUAGAUAAAGUCAACAAAAGAGAUGCACGCAUAAGAGCCUAUCAAAGGAUUGAAGAACUUAAGCAACUUCUAGAAAUUGCCUGCAGCAACUACAAACAGCUGGGGGGAAUAACUGAAGAGGAGAGAGUGAAGAAGAAAGAAGAAAGGGAGGCUGACAAGAUGAUGAGAGAGCUGGAGGCCCAGCUGGAGUACGAGCGGGUGCGUCGAGAGAAGCUGGAGAGCCAGCUGGAUGAUUGUCGAGCAGAGAUCGCUCGUCUCAAGGAGUGCCUGGGGAAGGUGCCAGUCUCGCCCCUGCCCACGAGGGAAACUGAGGCUCCUUCUGACUUGGGUAAAGAGAAAAAGAAGGUGAAGAAGCCACUCAGCAGCUCCGGAGGUGUGUUUGUGAGACGAUGCUGAGGGGUGCGUGGAAAGCAGCAUUCAUCUCGUUCAUCUCGGGAGCGUGGCAGGCAAUUAGGAAGAGGUGUUCACAAGGGAAUGCCAUUGUCUUGUAGAACCCUCAGGGCAAGCCCCCAGUAGAGUUUGGUGAGCUGAACCCGUGCCAAACAGCAGGGUUUGUACUCUAGUCCUCUCUCAGAGUAAGCUCCUUGCAAUAAACGCAUCCUAAUACAUCAGUAGGGGGAAUGGAAGUCUUUUUUUUGUACUAUCCUGGCACUGGGCAAGGUGCAACAUUUUGUGGGACUGCUGGUAUAAUAAGCCUGUAGCCUAACACUGGAUGCGUCUACGUGAGAUGUUUACUGCGCAUUAGACUAAUUGAAUCAAAUGGCGGGGAGGCAGCAGGGGAGCCAAUAGGGGAAGGCAGCUUGACCCCUACCCCUUUCCCCCUGCUAUCUGUCCCUCCAUUGCCUCUGCCCACACCCUCAGCCUCUGUCCCAUCCCUUCCCCACACCCGCUUACCCUUUCUCCAGCACUGCAGGCUCUGUCCCUGCUCCAGCCUGGGGCAUGGAGCACGGGUGGUCUGGUGGCAAUGGUGGCAGAAGCUCUGGCCAGGCCCCAGAGUUGGGGCUGGAGCUGCUAGGCUGCUGUUGCUGCUACAAGACUGGGCUGGGGCUGAAGGAAGCACGUGCUCCAUGCCUCAGGCUGGAGUGGGGAUGGAGCCUGCAGUGCUGCAGCAAGGGUAAGCAGCAGGUGGGAGGGGGCAGAGGCUGCAGGGGGAGGGAGGAAGAAAUGGGGAAAAGGGGCCACAGGCUGUUGCACGGGGGGAGAACUGGGGAAGGAGGCAGCAAUGGGUGGGGCAGGCAGAAGCUGCGGUUCCAGCCCUAACCCUGGGUUGGGGCCAGAGCUGGGGCCACACCACCUUGUAGUGGUUGUAGUUGAUUCCUUGUAGUUGAUUCCAAGAUGAGCCCCACGC